CACAACCCCUGGGCACUGACUGGUGGCACUGACUGGCAGCACUGCUGGGCUGCACUGGUGGGUGGCACUGGUGGGCAGCACUGGUGGGUGGGCACAGGUGGGUGGGCACAGGUGGGUGGCACUGGUGGGCACAGGUGGGUGGGCACAGGUGGGUGGCACUUCUGGGCACAGGUAGAGUGGCACAGGUGGGUGCACUGCUGGGCACAGGUGGGUGCACUGCUGGGCACAGGUGGGUGAUCUGCUGGGCACAGGUGGGCG